AUUUCCAAUCGACUAUACAUAGAGAAAAUUUAUUUGUAGAAUUUUUUAAAAUAAAAUUUUCUUGCUUAAAAAUAUAUGUAAAUCUAUUUAAUAAAAAUAUUCGCGAUUAUUUUUAAUAGGAUUUUUUUUUAUCUGUAUACUCAAGCCGAUCACAAUGUUUGGUCUAUUGCGUCCCAAAUCAUUCGGCAAUGUUUUUAAAUCCGUUACCCGCAUACUGCCGCAACUACGUACGUACGUCUCGCCGGCUAUAAAUCAAUUGUUGCAAUUGCAACAAACCGAAAUAUGCGCUGAUCCACCGUCACGUGGUUUGGUGCUUGGCGUAUAUGCCGACGAGGACGACAAGACAGAUGCGGGUGUCUUGACACCGUCUGCCUGGCGGUAUAAUGUACAAAAGACAGCGGGCCGUUUGUUGGAGGUAUUGCGCAUGUCGGGUCCAAUGCCGAAACGUGGUGAAGCGCGUAUCUUAUUCGCUGUUGAACCGGAAAAAGUACCCUACUACUCAGCCGUGGCCGUUGUUGGUUUAGGUAAGGAGUGUUUGGGUUAUAACUCGUAUGAGGUGCUUGACGAACAAAAGGAGGCGAUACGUCGAUCUGUGGCAAGAGCAUGUAUGGAGUUGGCGUUUCUUGACACCGCAAAAAUUGAGAUUGAGAACUGUGGUCAUGCCGAAUCGGCUGCCGAGGGUGCUGCACUUGGCAUAUGGGCCUAUCAAGAGCUAAAGGAAAUAAAACGUCGCAUAAUGGUACCGGCAAUAGAUUUAUAUACACACAAGGAUGAGUUAUGUGAUAUUGAAGGUUGGCGAAUCGGUCUGCAAAAGGCGGCUGCACAAAAUCUAACACGUCAGUUACAAGAAAUGCCUUCAAACUUGCUCACACCCACCGCAUUUGCACAAACGGUUGUCGAGGUUCUAUGUAAGUCCGGUGUAAAUGUCGAAGUAAAAGUGGAAGGCUGGGCAGAAUCUCAGUCGAUGCACGCUUUCUUAGCCGUUGGAAAGGCCUCCUGUGAACCACCAAUUUUUCUAGAGCUAAGCUACUAUGGAACAUCUGCUGAAGAGCGUCCAAUAGUUUUGGUAGGACAAGGCAUCACCUACGAUUGUGGUGGUCUCUGCUUAAAGAGGCUACAGGAAUUAGUGCAUAUGCGUGGCGACAUGACUGGCGCUGCAGUGGUUGUGGCUGCAUGUAGAGCCAUUGCGGGCUUACGUUUGCCGGUGAACAUACGAGGUCUGAUACCACUUUGUGAAAAUGUUAUGGGCUGCAAUUCCUUCCGACCCGGUGAUGUUACCAAGGCUAUGAAUGGCAAAAGUAUUGAAGUUCAGGGUACAGAUCAUGAGGACGUGCUGGUGCUGGCCGAUGCGCUCUUGUAUGCGCAAAACUUUUGUCCCAAGUUCAUUGUGGACAUAGGUACUACUUCGGGAAUGAUGCGUAACGCGCUCGAUGAAGCCGCCAGCGGUAUCUUCACGAAUUCAGAAAUACUUUGGCAGCAAAUCAAACAUGCCAGCAUGCAUACCGGUGACCGAGUGUGGCGUUUCCCCUUAUGGAAUUUCUAUACCAAACAAGUAACGGCAGGUGCAGCGAGCGAUGUGCAAAAUUACGGUGAAGGACGUGGUGGGCGUCCAUGCAAAGCUGCUGCUUUCUUGAGAGAGUUUGUACCUUGUGGACAAUGGAUGCAUAUUGAUGCCACUAACGUCAUGGUGACCAAUGGUAAAGCUUUCGAGUAUAUACGCAAAGGUAUGGCUGGCAGACCAACACGCACUUUAAUAGAGUUCAUAGCACAGACCAUAUGCAAAGAUACAGCGCCAAAAUUGAAUAUCAAAAAGUAGAUGACAACGCGACUAAGCAGUGAAAACGGGCUGAGAACGGAUGAAUGAUGUAUUUUUUUUUCGAAAAAUUGAUGUGUGUAUUGUAUCGCGUAUUCGUACCGUAAUUCGUAAUUCGUAAAUAGCAAAUGCAAAUUAACUGUUCAAAUAUGUCUGCUAAUAAUAACUUUUAGUGAAUAAAUAUAGGGCAGGGUCCCAGAAUAUAUUUUGUAUAAAAGAUAUUGAACAA